GCUCGCCCGAGCAUAAAGGCAGCGGGCGGGCCGCGCUCCCCGCAAACAGGUGUGUGGCUCUCCAUCCCCCCAGGUGUGUCCCCUCGAAGCGGGUGGGUGAGAGCAGCGUGCACGCGACGCACGGACACGCAGACUAAUUCUAAGUGUGCUGGACUUGGAGACAUCAGCUGGGUCUCCAGAGAACUGCCUUUGAAUUGAACCCUGACCCAAAGUCUUCUGUCCUUGGUUCCAGUCAUGAGUCCCGGACCACAGGUGGGGACAGACCCCCCCCAGGACUUUGACCAAAGUAAGGACGUGAAGGAUGGAUCCAUCCUGCCCGCCUACUCCACCGUGGACCUGGUCAACCAGGACUCGGGUCAGGAUGAUCCCUGGGACCUGCCGGAACUGAAAGACACUGGGGUCAAGUGGUCUGACCUGGACACCAAAGGGAAGAUCAUGCGUGUGCUGACGGGUUUAUUGAAACUGGUGACUCUGCUGGGACUUCUUUACUUGUUCAUCUGCUCGCUGGACGUCCUCAGCUCAGCUUUCCAGCUGGUUGGAGGUAAAGCUGCGGGGGACAUCUUCAAGGACAACGUGAUUUUGUCCAACCCUGUGGCCGGCCUGGUGAUCGGAGUCCUGGUCACGGUGUUGGUGCAGAGUUCCAGCACGUCCUCGUCCAUCGUGGUCAGCAUGGUGUCUUCUGGAUUGUUGGAGGUGCAGUUGGCGGUGCCCAUCAUCAUGGGCGCCAACAUCGGGACCUCGGUCACCAACACCAUCGUGGCCAUGAUGCAGGCGGGCGACCGCAACGAGUUCCGCAGGGCUUUCGCCGGCGCCACCGUCCACGACUUCUUCAACUGGCUGUCGGUGUUGGUUCUGCUGCCCCUGGAGGUGGCCACAGGUGUGCUGUACAAGCUCACCUUGGUCAUCAUCAACUCCUUCCACAUCCAGACCGGAGAGGAUGCCCCGGACCUGCUCAACGUCAUCACGGACCCCCUCACCGACUCCAUCAUCCAGCUGGAUAAAUCCGUCAUCACCGGCAUCGCCACCGGAGACCCGGAGGCCAGAAACAAAAGCCUGAUCAAAAUAUGGUGCAAGAAAAAGGUCAACACGACUUUCUGGAACGAGACGGUGGAGAGUUGCCCCGUCGGUGCCGUCUGCUGGGAGGUGAACAACCAAAGCUGGACGGAGAAGAACACCACCUGGACCGACUACCAGGAGAAAUGCGCACACAUCUUUGUCAACGCCAACCUGCCCGACUUGGCGGUGGGCCUCAUCCUUCUGGGUCUGUCCCUCUUCGUCCUCUGCACCUGCCUCAUCCUCAUCGUCAAGCUGCUCAACUCCAUGCUCAAAGGCCAGGUGGCGCUGGUCAUCAAGAAUUUGCUCAACACAGACUUCCCCUUCCCCUUCGCCUGGGUGACCGGCUACAUCGCCAUCCUGUUGGGAGCCGGCAUGACCUUCAUCGUUCAGAGCAGCUCCGUCUUCACCUCGGCCAUAACGCCUCUUGUUGGUAUCGGCGUCAUCAGCCUCGAGAGGGCCUAUCCUCUAACUCUGGGCUCAAAUAUCGGUACGACCACCACGGCCAUCUUGGCGGCGAUGGCCAGCCCUGGAGAAACCCUCUCCAACUCGCUCCAGAUUGCCCUCUGCCAUUUCUUCUUCAACAUCAUGGGCAUCCUCCUGUGGUAUCCCAUCCCCUUCACACGCUUGCCCAUCAGGCUGGCCAGAGGGUUGGGGAACCGCACAGCCGAGUACCGCUGGUUCGCCGCCCUCUACCUGGUCCUGUGCUUCCUGGUCUUGCCUCUGACCAUCUUCGGCCUGUCGAUGGCCGGCUGGCAGGUCUUGGUGGGCAUCGGGGCCCCCAUCAUUGUGCUCGUCGUCUUCGUGGUGAUCGUAAACAUCAUGCAGUCUCGCUGCCCACGCUUCCUGCCCCGCUUCCUGCGCGACUGGAAGUUCCUGCCGCGGCCCCUGCGCUCCCUGGCGCCCUGGGACUCCGUGGUGACCUCCCUCAUGGGUUUCUGCGGCCACUACUGCUGCUGCUUCUGCCGGUGUUGCGGGUGCUGCCAGAAGGACAAAAAGCUCGGAGAGGGCAAGAGCCUGGAGAUGUACGAUAACCCGGCGCUGACUGAGGAGGACGACCCGAAGGUCAUCCGAGGAACUCAUCUUUGAUGAUGUUGACCUGGGCUGUAGUUAUGGCACAGGUGUACUCCGAACUCUGAACACUUUGCACCUGUUGUUUGUCGCGAAGAACAUUAUGAAACACUUCUCUGUCUUUUUAAGUCUGUUUAUAUUUUAUCUACGUAGAGUAGGGAAGGGGUUCACACGGCCCCAGUCCUAGGUGGAUCCCCUGAGAAGAAUGUGGGACCGUGGGGGUAAUCAUUUGGCAAUGCAGUCUGCCAAAAGCAAUGGAAAGCGCCACCCUACAUAGCAACUGAACAUUUUAAGAUGUUCAACACUCUAAAGUGGAUAGUGCCUCCCCCGAUUCGUCACGUUUCACGUGUCAGGUAAAGGGUGACCAAUGGGGCCGUAUGGAUCCCCUUCCUACUCUGUAAGAAAUGAUCUUUGCAUGAACAUGUUGCUCCUUCCUCAGUAUUUAAGGCUGAAUCAUCUUUGUCAAUUAAAAAUAAAUAUUUUUCACUAACUUA